AUGUGGUGCGGUCAUUCUGUGUUCCUGAGGCCAGUUCCUGAUUGCGAUGACGAAUACCCUGAUGACGUUGGUGAGCCUUCAGCUGCGUGUACUGAUCCUUCAGCUUCCUCAAGAACACACGAACCACAUAUUGGUGACCAUGGCGAGCAAGAUGCCGUUCUCCCGAAGAAGAGAUCACCAGUGCAUCCGAGGACGGUGCACGGUCAGGAGAGGCCGUAUAAGUAUGUAUCAGAAAUCAUAGUGGGUGGUUUCGAUCCCCACCCGCCUUCUAUAAAAGAAAGGCCUCAGUGUGCCACGGGCUCUGUUGCUGCUCGGACGUUGACAAGAAAGGUGGUUGGUGUCGACGCCGCAUACUCUUCCUCAAGAACACACGAACCACAUAUUGGUGACCAUGGCGAGCAAGAUGCCGUUCUCCCGAAGAAGAGAUCACCAGUGCAUCCGAGGACGGUGCACGGUCAGGAGAGGCCGUAUAUGUAUUUUGUGCCUUGCUGGUUGAAACGGACUGCCAAUGUAGUGCGGUCAUGGUGUGUUCCUGAGGCUAGCAACCUUGAGAAGCGGGCUUCGGCAGACGUGCAUCCUGUGCGCGUGGCGGGCGCUGUCCCGGAAGAUGUGUUCUUUGAACACAUCAGACGCAGUCCUGGUUCACGUUACUAA